GUGACUGCCCAGGCCUCGUGCAGGGGACAGUGAGCAGCCAAGGGAGCUCGGGCCGCAGCUACCAACCAGACUCAGGGGCAUGGCCCUCGACAGGGUCCCACGGAGGGUGGGGGUGGUAGGCUACGGCCGCCUUGGACAGUCCCUCGUCUCCCACCUGCUAGCUCAGGGACCGGAACUGGGCCUAGAACUUGUUUUUGUCUGGAAUCGGGACCCAGGACGAAUGGCAGGGAGCGUACCCCCCUCCCUACAGCUCCAGAACCUUGCUGCCCUUGGAGAAAGGCACCCUGAUCUUGUGGUGGAAGUGGCCCAUCCCAAAAUAAUCCACGAAUUUGGGGCACAAAUCCUGCACCAUGCCAAUCUCCUGGUGGGGUCCCCCUCAGCCCUAGCUGACCAGACCACAGAGCAGCAGCUCCUGGAGGCCUCGCACCACUGGGAUCACGCCGUGUUUGUGGCCCGAGGGGCCCUGUGGGGCACUGAGGACAUCACCAGGUUGGAUGCAGCCGGGGGCCUCCAGAGCCUUCGUGUCACCAUGGCCACACAUCCCGAUGGCUUCCGGCUGGAGGGACCCCUGGCUGCAACCCACAGCACCGGGCCUCGCACUGUGCUCUAUGAAGGCCCUGUCCGUGGGCUCUGCCCCUUUGCCCCCAGAAACUCCAACACCAUGGCAGCCGCUGCCCUGGCUGCCCCCAGCCUAGGCUUCGACCGCGUGAUUGGGGUGCUUGUGGCCGAUCUCAGCCUCACAGACGUGCACGUGGUGGAUGUGGAGCUGAGAGGACCCCCAGGCCCCACAGGCCGAAGCUUUGCUGUGCACACCCACAGAGAGAACCCUGCCGAGCCAGGCGCCGUCACGGGGUCUGCCACUGUCACAGCCUUCUGGCGCAGCCUCCUGAGUGCGGCCAGGCCCCUCCCCAGUGCUAGUGGCCCCUCUCCCCCAGCCCUGGGACCUUGGACUCUGUCUGGUUCUGCAGUUCUGAUUCUGUCUUCAUUGAUAUUUAUUUUUGAAUCUCCUUAACCUGUUUACUCCACGAAUUCGAAUCUUUGUACCGCAUAUGUCUCUAUUUCUGUCCAUGUCUCCGCUCUCUGACUCUAAGCCCCCCUCCCUCUGGGACUCUACCUCUGCAUGUGUGUUUGUCUGUCUGUCCACCCCCAGGUCUAUGUCUUUAUCUCUCUGGGUCUCUGUCCCUCUCUCCCUGGGUUUUCCUCCACCCCCACCUUGACCUGUCCCUUCCUCCUCCCAUCACUCUCUCUCCCUCGCCCUCUGUCUCAGUCGUUCCUUCCCCGUCUCUCCCUCGCAGGCUGCUGCCAGCUCCCCUCCAGGCCCGGGAUCCAUCUCUGCUGAGAAGCCUCCUGCCGGAGAGGACAUCCUCAUCUGAUUUCCCUUCCCACCGCCACCGUCCCACUCCUGCUCUGGCAUCACUUUCCCGGGAUCUCCCUCCUGUCUCAGUAAAGACCACAGAUUCUUCGCCCUGCA